AAAAAAAGAGGCCAAGAAAAAAAAUUGUCAGUUAACCCUUUUAUUGCUGUAGGGAGUCUUUAAUUUCAACUUGAAUUUAACUGCUGGUUUCUAGCUAGAUUGGGACUCAUUGGGGCACAUUGUGGUGCAGUUAGUGAACAAGAGUGAGAUUAAGCAGUUUCGAGAAUUUGGGUCCCCAGAAAAGAGAACAUGUACUCAGUCCAUCAGCGAAUGGUAUAAGAAGUGCGUAUCAGGAGGGGCCAAUUUAUGGAGUAGAAAUACUGCAGGCUGGUAGAACCUGCUCACUACAAAAAGGACUUGCGUAAGGCAGCAGAAACCUGCUCAGUGUACAGGACACAGGCUACAUUAGGGGCUGUCGCAGAGCCAGUAUGAGCGACGAGAACAAGGAGUGGGCAAUCCUGAGCCCGGAGGACUUUACCCAACUGCAGAAGUACAUUGAUUACAGCACCAAGAAGGUUAAAGAUGUUCAGCAAGAGUUCUAUGGGGAUGGUACAUCAUGCCCUCACUUGGUUGAAGAGACAAUAGAUUUUGAAGCUUUCAAGUCUUUCUUGAAAACAUAUCUGGAAGUAGAUGACAUUCCCAACAAUCUCUGUUUGCGUCUCUUCAUGUCUUUUCAAGCAACCCCACCUGAGAGCAAAGAAAAUGGGGAGGAUGAGAUAGAAGGCCAAAAAGGUAGUGGUCGUAUCAGUCUAAAUGACGUGUCCUGUUAUUUCUCUUUGCUGGAAAGUGGCACUGCUGAGGAUAAACUGGCAUUCACUUUUAAAUUGUAUGACAAAGACAGCAAUGGUCUCCUGGACAGCUCUGAGGUGGACAGGAUUAUAACACAAAUGAUGCGUGUCGCUGAAUACCUGGACUGGGACAUCACAGAACUCAAACCUAUGUUAGAAGAGAUGAUGAGAAAAGUGGACUAUGAUGGCAAUGGAACAGUCUCUUAUGAAGAAUGGGUUAGAGGAGGACUCACAACAGUCCCUCUGUUGGUGCUUUUAGGAAUGGAAGUUAAUAUAAAAGACGAUGGGCAGCACCUGUGGCGCCUGAAGCAUUUUAACCGCCCUGUGUAUUGCAAUGUGUGUGAAGCUCUACUUUUUGGGGUCAGGAAGCAAGGCCUGUGUUGCACCUUCUGUAAGUUCACCGUUCAUGAACGAUGUGCCUGCAAAGCACCUAAUUCCUGCAUAAGCACAUAUGCCAAGUCAACCAAGGAUUUCAGCGAACAGGCCCACAUUUGGGUAAGAGGAGGAUGUGAGGCUAGCAAAUGUGACAAAUGCCAAAAGAAAAUAAAAAGUUUCCAGAGCCUGACUGGCCAGCGCUGUGUGUGGUGUCAUACAAAGGUUCACGAUGAAUGUGCCUCAUCCCCACUGUGUGAUGGUGGAAUCUUAAAGGACCACAUAUUACCUCCUGCUUGCAUACAUCCAGUAAUCCUGGAACGACAGAAUAGCCAAAAAAACCUUUUAGCUUCUUCAGAGGAAACAUCACAGAAUUUUAGUACCCCAGAAGGACAAGCCCUGCGGAUUGUCCCAGUGCCAGGUACACACCCUCUGCUUGUCUUUGUAAACCCAAAGAGUGGAGGGAAGCAGGGGGAAAGAGUUAUGAGGAAAUUCCAGUAUCUGCUAAAUCCCAGACAAGUUCAUAACUUGAUAAAGGGAGGCCCUUCCCCAGGGCUGAAUUUUUUCCGGGAUGUUCCAGACUACCGAAUCUUAGUAUGUGGUGGUGAUGGAACAGUCGGUUGGAUACUGGACGCUAUUGACAAGGCAAACCUUCCAUAUAGACCGUCUGUAGCUGUGCUGCCACUCGGUACAGGAAAUGACCUUGCGCGAUGUCUCAGCUGGGGAGGCGGUUAUGAAGGAGAGAAUUUGAUUAAGUUCCUGAAGGACAUUGAAAAGAGUAUACCUAUUAAAAUGGACCGAUGGAACAUUGAGGUUAUACCUGAAAACCCAAAUGAGAAGGGAGACCCAGUUCCUUACGAGAUCAUAAACAACUACUUUUCCAUUGGGGUGGAUGCUUCUAUAGCUCACAGAUUCCACAAUAUGAGGGAAAAAUGUCCAGAAAAAUUCAAUAGCAGAAUGAAGAACAAAUUGUGGUAUUUUGAGUUUGCUACAUCAGAGACUGUUUUCUCUACCUGCAAAAAACUUAAAAAGGUCAUCACAAUUGAGUGUUGUGGCAACCUGUUGGAUCUCAGCUCUCUGUCCCUGGAAGGCAUUGCGGUUAUAAAUAUUCCAAGCAUGCACGGGGGUUCCAACCUAUGGGGAGAGACUAAGAAACAUUGGGGAGAACCUCGGAAUGCUUCAUGUCAUAAUGCCCCUGAAGCCAUCACUGACCCUGAUGCCUUGAAGUCAUGUGUACAAGACCUCAGCGACAAGAGACUGGAGGUGGUGGGACUUGAGGGAGCUAUUGAGAUGGGGCAAAUUUAUACUGGGCUGAAGAGUGCUGGCAAGCGACUUGCAAUGUGUUCUGGGCUGACAAUAAGGACCACAAAGCCCCUCCCAAUGCAAAUUGAUGGAGAGCCCUGGAUGCAGCCACCCUGUACGAUAAAAAUCACACAUAAGAAUCAGGCACCGAUGCUGCGGGCCCCUGCACCCCGUUCAUCAAGUUUCUUCUCUCUCAAGUAAACCAACUUCUAUUCCUGAUGUUGACCUAUACUGUAUUUAAGCCAGGGGCCUAAUUGCUAGUCAACACUGCCUUAUCCUUCCCCAUGUCCUUUUGUGGGGUUUGUCAGUCUCUUUAAAAAAAAUGAAGCUGAAGCCCACCCUGCCUUGCCCUUUUUGCUUCUGCCACUUCAUAAACCCAGAUUCUGGAGUUCGCCAUAUUUCCAGCAGACUGCUCUUGUUUAGCUGGCUUAAGCAUCAGAGUGAAGGAGCUCAAGACCCUGGGAAUGCCAGGGCCUGUUUAAUAAUGUAUGUAUAUUUUAGAAUGUGAUGCUGGGAUCUUAAAGAUAUAUAUAUAUAUAUAUAUAUAUAUAUAUACAUAUUUAGUCUUUCUUGUAAAAGCCAAGCCACUGUAUACACCUUCUAGUAAGGUUCUUAACUUGUUGGGACCAGACCAUAAUUAUUUUAACGUCCUGGACCAAAACAUUUUAGAGAAAGAAGAGUCAUUAAAUGCAGAUAUCUAUGUGAAGUCAGGUUCUGCUAAUGGAAAAAGAACUGUGUUUUAUCCACAACUGUAACACCCACAGAUGAUAAGUGACAUACUGUAUUUGCUAUUGGAUAUCAUAUGACCUUUAUGUAAAGAGUCAUGUUCCAGUUUUGCCGCAGACACAUGACAGUCGGUCAUAGACAAAACAAAAAGUGCUUUUCAGGGGCACAUCCCACACAUUUCAAGUAUAACACUGUAUGUAGAACCUAUUCAACUAUAAUAAAAUGCAACGUGUGCUCUUAA